AUGGCUUACAAGAGAAAGUUCAGUGAAAGUUUCCACACAGAUACCGACAUGGUGGAGAAUUUACUGAAAUACCGGAAGGUCUCUAGACUAGCCUCUAUUCAGAAAACGCCCGUUCCGUCUGUCAGCCAAGAUGACCUGCGCAGUGUGCUGGAUAACUUUGUCAGAAUCUACGAAGGACUCGACACUCAGGAUGGCAGCCGGAAACCAAACUUUACCUACACGGAACUCAUCUUCCUGGCGAUAAUGAGAUCUCCCAACUUCUGUCUGCCCAUCACUGAAAUCUACCGCUACAUCGAGACUGGCUUCUGCUAUUUUAAAGCGACAAGUAAACAACAUUGGAAAAAUGCCAUCCGCCAUAGUUUGUCCAAAACCAAGUGCUUCACCAAGAUAGGACGAAAGAACCAAAAACCACGCAACGGUGUCCUUAACAGAUCUGCUUUUCUGUGGGGCAUUACCCCAAAGAGCUUGCUGACCUUUGCCCGAGGAGAUUACCGACCGACUAACAAGUUCUCCGGAUCCAACGCAUUACGGUCAGGAUUCCAACAAGUCAACGCCAAUGGAUUAUGGGAAGGCUGUGUGUUAUCCUUGACUCACAGAAUGGAGGCUUUCCAGAACAUCCCCGACACCAGUCCGUCUCCGGCUAAACUGUUCCAGCUUCAGAUGUGCAAUCUAGAGGACACCUCAGUUCAUUUCAAUACUGAUUCUGGGCUGAAGGACUACGGGCACAGUAGCUCAGCCAGAAGUUACGCCCCCUAUUCACCAGACCAGGUUCUCCUAUUUAGAACCAAUGAGAAUUCAAGCGACCUACCGGAAUUGUCUCCGGAGUGUAUGUACAAUAUUCCUGAUCUUCCGGAAAUUCCACCACUGAGACUCACGUUUGAUGAUGUCAUCGCACCGAGUGACAUCACCACAUGCACGAACCAUGCCUUUUCUGAUAACCUCGCCAUCAGCGAGCCGUCAUUUUAUCCACAUCAACGUGCCCAGAUAGACAUGGCAUACAUCAACCAUCCAGGGACAUCGGACAUUUCUGAAAACAGUGUGAAUUCAUAUUUGUCUUUAUAA